AUCCCCUUGCGGCUGAGACAUUAGAUCUACUGUAUUCUCGUUCAAACAUGUCGGCCAUGGACCUUGAUCUCCCGUUAGAAGACGUCAUCAAGAAGUCAAAGAAUAAGGGUAAAGUCGUCGAGAAGUCCAGUGGACGCAAGACAGCACAACACUCGAAACAUGCCAUCCCCGUGGCAAAACAGUUAACUCAACGAGGUGGCAAGAUCGGCAAAUCCUAUACUCAGGGAAAAGGUGUAGCAAAGAAGAAUGGCCCACCCCCUAAACCGAAAGCUGGACUUUUCUCUUCUGCAGCCAGCAAACGCGGUGGACUAUCCACUGCUGCACUCCGUAGUCAUUUACAAAAACCUCAACGUAUCAGCAAGCAACAACCAAUAGAUCCAGCUUCCAUUGUCAUUACGAAGAAAGUUACCCCGAAAGCCCCAGCUCAACCUCAACCUCCCCGGGCCAAAGCACCAACCGCUUUCCGCAAGGCAACACCACCCGCUCACGAACCCACCAAUACUAUUCGCGGCCGCAGUGGUGUUGUCAACCCCGGUUUGUCAAUUCGUGGUGAAUCUGGCCCAACCGUUGUAUUGGUUCGAAAUUUGGACCCUGGGGCCAAUGCAGACGAUGUUAGAAUGGCCUUCCUUAGUUUUGGUGAGGUGCUUAAUUGCGAACUCGCUGUCGAUCGUUCAGGUCGCUCUCUUGGCGAGGCAGAAGUUGAAUUCGCGCAUAAGAGCGCCGCUGUUCAAGCUGUACAGCAACUUGAUGGCGAGCUUGCAGAUGGCCGAGUCUUGCGAUUGAGUUUGAGAGAUAAGGUGACUUCUUCGAAGCCUGCGCGUGGAUUGUUUGAGCAGAGCGUUCGAUCUAUGAUCGCACCCGUCAAAUCGGAAAGGUCCUCUGUCUUCGAUAGGCGUUAACCUGACAACCUCCACACUACACUUGUCAUUCGAUAUCCAACAACUUCUUUUUUGUCUUCUUCCCAUUCUUUAUUUUUUUUUUCUUUUUCGGUUUAUGUAAUAAGAGUGUUCGUUUUGUCUUUCCUCAUAUCGUUUCCGCCUCACUUGGUUUCGCUUUUCUGUAUCUUCCAAGGUCGGCUGUGUUGCAGCGUCCUCUAGGCGUUGACAUCUUUCGUCAGUUGAGAUAAGGGACUUUCCCAAGUAAUAGGUUUGGACAAGUGUUUCCUACCCCUCUGACAGAAAGAACUGCAAACUUUUUUUAUAUGGUCAAACAACACAAAAAGACAUGUAUGACAUGCAAACUAGUCAAAACAAAUUAUGUAGUUUUCCUUUUUUUUUUUUUUCUUUUUUUUUU